AUGUCCAUUCCUCAACCCAUCCCCGCUAGAUGCAGAGCAGUUGUUCUCGACGGCCCUGGAGCUUCCUGGGCACUGCGAGAAGUCGACGUGCCGAAGCCAAAACCGAACGAGCUUCUCAUUCGCUCCUUGGCGUGCGGUGUGUGCCACAGUGACGUCGCAACCCAAAAUGGAGAGUUCGACUUCAUCACAGAGUACCCCCUCGUAGCCGGCCAUGAAGUCGUUGGUGAAGUCGUCGCCCUUGGUACAGAUAUCAAGGACUGGGCGCUCGGCGACCGCGCCGGCGGCGGUUGGCACGGGGGCAAUGAUGGCACAUGCAAGGCCUGCGCGCGGGGUAUGCCACAGGUGUGCGCGAAUCUCGAAGUCAAUGGAGUGACGAGGAAUGGCGGAUUCUCGGAAUACUGCACCUUGGUCGCCUCAGCCGCAAUCCGCAUCUCCUCAAGCUGGGACCCCGUGUCAACAGCGCCGCUUCUGUGCGCCGGUAUCACGGCAUUCAAUGCGAUUCGCAAAAGCAACGUGCCGCAAGGGGACACAGUUGCCAUCUGCGGCAUCGGCGGGCUGGGACACCUUGCCAUUCAGUAUGCGCGGAAGAUGGGGUACCGAACUGUGGCGGUAUCCGAGAGUGAGGAGAAAAGGGACGAUGCGAUAAAUCUGGGGGCGCAUUUAUUCGUAAAUUCGAAGAGGGAGGAUGCGGUGGAGGUGCUGCAGAGGGAGGGACGGGCGAGCUUGGUGGUUGUUCUUUGUCCCAGCCCUGAGUUGGUAAAGAAUAUGACCAGAGCGUUGGCGCCUGGUGGAUCUAUCCUCCUCAUUGCUCCUGUCAACGGCGUGACAAUUGACUUCACCCCACUCAUCGUCUAUGGAAAGCAAGUCCGUACCUGGUCAUCUGGCUUUGCUGCUGAGACGAGUGAAGCGAUUGACUUCGCGCAUAUCCAGGACGUCAAGUGCCUAACGAAGCAGUACGCACUGGGAGAUAUUGAAAGGGCGUUCGAGGACAUGAAUGAGAGGACGAUAAGGUAUCGGCCUGUUAUCAACUUUGCUCUUUGA